AUGGUGACAGGCUUCUCUGUUGUGAAUAGUCCUCGUGGGGGCCAUACCAAGCUCCUGGCCUCACCCCAUCCCUUGGACAAUGCUAACUUGCUAUCGAAAGCCAUCUUUGGGUGGGCCAACGCCCUCCUUCGGGAUGGCAACCAACGCCAACUCGGCCCCGACGACAUGUGGCGCCUCCAGGACUCCAACAAGGUCGCCACCUUGGCCUCCAACUACAUCUCAGUGUACGCGACCCACGGCAAGAGCCUCCUCCGAACCUUCUUCACCAUCUACUGGGUCAAGCUCAUUGUCAUUGCUGUCCUGCAGCUCUUCACGACGGCCUGUGAUCUCUACGGACCCGCGUACGUCCUCCAGAAAGUGGUGCGGGCAGUGCAACAGCCAGUGUUCGACCCCACCGCCACGUCACUGCUAGUUUUGUCGCUGUAUGGCAUCCAAGUCGUGAGUGCGUUCGUGAAGGCGCACAUGAAGUUCAUGAACGAUGUGAUUGGCUUUCAGUUCGGGUCCAGUCUGCGCUCAAUGCUUUUUCAGAAAGCCCUCAAGCUGAGCGCCAAGUCCAAGAAGGAAAAGACUGCGGGGGACAUUGCCAACUUGUUCUCCUCCGACGUGGACAGUGUCAUGGAGUUUGCCGUGAGCAUGAACCUCCUUUGGAUCGUACCUGUGCAAAUUGGCGCCGUGUUGUACCUGUUGUAUGUGCUCGUGGAGUGGGCCGUCUUUCUGGGUCUCGCGGUUGUGUUUGUGAUCCUUGUCAUUAACGGCGUAAUGGCCAUCAUGAUGGGCAAAGAGUACGAUAUCAUAUUCGAAGCCAAGGACAACCGCAUGAAAGUCGUCAACGAAGUGUUUGGAGCGAUCCAAAUCGUGAAAUUCAACGCGUGGGAGGAAAAGUUCCUCGACAAACUCAUCGAGUUGCGUCUCGCCGAACCACCUCACUGUCAACAUCAUUUUGCAAUUGCCUCCCUAGCCAUCAUGGAUUCUGACAGCAUGGUGACAGGCUUCUCUGUUGUGAAUAGUCCUCGUGGGGGCCAUACCAAGCUCCUGGCCUCACCCCAUCCCUUGGACAAUGCUAACUUGCUAUCGAAAGCCAUCUUUGGGUGGGCCAACGCCCUCCUUCGGGAUGGCAACCAACGCCAACUCGGCCCCGACGACAUGUGGCGCCUCCAGGACUCCAACAAGGUCGCCACCUUGGCCUCCAACUACAUCUCAGUGUACGCGACCCACGGCAAGAGCCUCCUCCGAACCUUCUUCACCAUCUACUGGGUCAAGCUCAUUGUCAUUGCUGUCCUGCAGCUCUUCACGACGGCCUGUGAUCUCUACGGACCCGCGUACGUCCUCCAGAAAGUGGUGCGGGCAGUGCAACAGCCAGUGUUCGACCCCACCGCCACGUCACUGCUAGUUUUGUCGCUGUAUGGCAUCCAAGUCGUGAGUGCGUUCGUGAAGGCGCACAUGAAGUUCAUGAACGAUGUGAUUGGCUUUCAGUUCGGGUCCAGUCUGCGCUCAAUGCUUUUUCAGAAAGCCCUCAAGCUGAGCGCCAAGUCCAAGAAGGAAAAGACUGCGGGGGACAUUGCCAACUUGUUCUCCUCCGACGUGGACAGUGUCAUGGAGUUUGCCGUGAGCAUGAACCUCCUUUGGAUCGUACCUGUGCAAAUUGGCGCCGUGUUGUACCUGUUGUAUGUGCUCGUGGAGUGGGCCGUCUUUCUGGGUCUCGCGGUUGUGUUUGUGAUCCUUGUCAUUAACGGCGUAAUGGCCAUCAUGAUGGGCAAAGAGUACGAUAUCAUAUUCGAAGCCAAGGACAACCGCAUGAAAGUCGUCAACGAAGUGUUUGGAGCGAUCCAAAUCGUGAAAUUCAACGCGUGGGAGGAAAAGUUCCUCGACAAACUCAUCGAGUUGCGUCUCGCCGAAGUCGUGUCCAUUUGGAAGUACAUGCGGUACUACUUGGUGCUCAUGAUGUUCAUGUUCACCACCCCCGUCUUGGUCACGAUCACCAUCUUUGCCACGUUUACGCUGUGGAUGCAGCUGUCGCUGACCGUCGAGAUUAUGUUUUCGACGUUGGCGUUGUUUAAGUCCCUCCAAGAUGCCAUGUUUGGUCUACCUCUGGUUAUCAUGACCACUGCGCAGUGCUUUGUGUCGGUGAAGCGCAUCAAUGCUGUGCUGCUCAUGGACGAAUUCGACCCGUCGAACGUCCAGACGCCGGCCUGUAACGCCGCACUCAAGGCCAAGUACGGCUUAGAUCGCACGUUUGGCUGGCAUACGCCGUCAGACAACACGGACAGCGCCAGUAAAUCCAACAAGAAUGUAGCAGAAUCCAGCGCCGGUGAAGACAACGCUGCGACAGUCCUGUUUGCCGACGUCAACUUGACGAUCCAGCAGGGCCAGUUUGUGGUUCUCCAUGGCGCCGUGGGCCAGGGCAAGUCAUCCCUAUGUGCGGCCCUACUCGGAGAGAUGCGCAAGCUGGCCGGAACCGUGUUUGUGGGGGGCGACGUCGCGUACUUUGCGCAGCAGUCGUGGAUUCAGAACGCCACCGUUCGAGACAACAUCCUCUUUGGAAAGCCCUUCGACGCAGCCAAGUACGCGAGCGUCGUGGAAGCGUGUGCGUUGACCACGGACAUUGCGGCGUUGCCUGCGGGGGACCGCACGGAAAUCGGACAGAUAGGCAUCAACUUGUCGGGGGGGCAGAAGGCGCGCAUGAGUCUGGCUCGUGCGUGCUACAGCGACGCCGACAUCUUUGUGCUGGACUCGCCACUGUCGGCCGUGGAUGCCAUCGUGCAGAACGAGAUCUUCACCAAGUGCUUCCUCGGUCUGCUUCGGUACAAGACGAUCCUCUUGGUCACACACAGCCUCGAGAUUAUCCAGUCCCCCCACGUCCAUCGCACAUUCCUCGUCCAAGACGGCACCGUCACCGAGUCCACGCCCACUCACAAGCGCGCCAACUCGUCCAAGCUAAUUUCGUCUGUCGCCCCCUUGCGCCCCCCGACGGCCUACUGGGCGGUGGACAGCCAGGACAUCGUCGAUGACUUGGUCGUCACGCCGCCGCGAUAUGAAGACCACAAAACCCUGAAGUCCGAAGAGCACGAAACGGGAACCCUGGUGGUGGAAGAAGGGCGCGCCGCAGGUCGCGUGUCCAAGGCCGUCGUGAUCGAGUACAUCGGGGCGAUUGGAGGCUGGUGGUCCAUGAUCGUCAUGGUGUUGCUGAUGCUGGCGGUUGAAGCCAUCAAGGUCGGUAGUGACAUAUGGCUGUCCCACUGGUCCAACCAAAGCAAGACGCUAUCUCCGGCCGACUUUCGAGCCAACACGAACCACAACAUCCUGAUCUACGGCAUCCUCAUCUCGUCCGUGCUCGUGUAUGCCUUGCGCGGCGCCAAGAAGCUGUUCUCGGAAAUGCUGCACAGUAUUCUGGAAGCCCCCAUGCUAUUCUUUGACGCAAACCCCAUUGGUCGCGUGCUCAACCGCUUCGGCGACGACGUCCUUCAAGUGGACAUGUUCAUUCCGUUUGCUUUUGCACCGAUCCUUAUCCGAAUUGCCUCCAUCGGCUCCAAGAUCGUCACGACCAUCGCCAUCACGCAGUGGAUGGGACUGCUAGUGCUGCCACUCAUGGCUGUGUACGGCUUCUUGGGGUCGUACUUCUUGGCGCCGUUGCGGGAAGUGAAUCGCAUCGAAAAGACGAUGCAGUCGCCGCUGUUGUGUUUGGUCAGCGAAGGCGUCGACGGCUCCACGACCAUCCGAGCGUUUGGUCCAAAGUACCUCCGUCGCUUCAACCGCAUCCACGACGACCUCCUCGAAGUAUUUGUGGGCGCGGGGUUCGUGGCCGCGGUGUCCAACCAGUGGUUUGCUCUGCGAGUGGAGCUGAUCAGUUGCACGAUCGUAUUUGCCCUCUUGAUGGGUGUCGUGGUCAUGCACGAUGCCAUCAGCGCCGGCCUGAUCGCCCUCGUGAUUACGUACGGAUUGGGCAUUCCUGCCAACUUGGCUGGGCUGGUCAACGUCUGGGCGCGGAUGGAGACGGCGCUGAUCGCCCCCGAUCGAUUGUACGAGUACAUCCAACUGACCAAGGAAGGCGAGCGACACACGCCGUUGGACGCCGCGUCGACGUCGUGGCCGACCCACAGACAGGUGCAGUUUGACCAAGUGAGCUACCGCUAUAAGCCCACGGCCCCCCUCGUGCUGCAAGACGUGAGUUUCACAGUCAAAGGGGGCGAAAAGGUGGGCGUCGUCGGGCGCACGGGCGCGGGCAAGUCGAGCUUGAUGAUGUCGCUGUUCCGCAUGAACGACCUCGCAGCGGGCCACAUUCGCAUCGACGGACUCGAUAUUGCCGACAUGGGCCUGCACAACCUGCGCAGCCACCUGGCCAUCAUUCCCCAGAACCCCGUCCUAUUCAAAGGCACUCUGCGCAACUACUUGGACCCGUUCGUCGAGUACGACGACGACCAGCUGUGGAUCGCUCUGACCAAGGUGCAGCUGGCCGACCGCAUCGGCGCCGACCCCGACAUGCUGCUGGGACCUGUGGAAGAGAACGGAGAGAACUUUAGCGUGGGCGAGCGCCAGAUGCUGUGCAUUCCUCGGGCCCUCUUGCGCCAGGCCACGAUCGUCAUCCUGGACGAAGCCACGGCGGCCAUCGAUCACGACACCGAUCAGCACCUGCAGCAGGUCGUGCGCUCCGAGUUUGCGACGUCCACGGUGCUUACUAUCGCCCAUCGUCUGGACACGGUGCUGGACUGCGACCGCAUCCUCGUGUUUGACCAAGGGCGAUUGGUCCAGAACGACACACCCGCGGCGCUUGUCAACGCAGGCACAGGCAUCUUCUUUGACCUCGUCACCGAAGGCGGGUAUUCGUUGGAGAAGCAGCUCUAA